CCGGAGCCCAUGAGCACCAUGCGCCUGCUGACACUCGCCCUGCUUUUCUCCUGCUCCUUCGCCCGUGCCGCCUGCGACCCCAAGAUCGUCAACAUCGGCGCGGUGCUGAGCACGAGGAAGCACGAGCAGAUGUUCCGCGAGGCUGUGAACCAGGCCAACAAGCGGCAUGGCUCCUGGAAGAUCCAGCUCAACGCUACCUCCGUCACCCACAAGCCCAACGCCAUCCAGAUGGCCUUGUCGGUGUGCGAGGACCUCAUCUCCAGCCAGGUCUACGCCAUCCUAGUUAGCCACCCACCUACCCCCAACGACCACUUCACUCCCACCCCCGUCUCCUACACAGCUGGCUUCUACCGCAUCCCCGUCCUGGGGCUGACCACCCGCAUGUCCAUCUACUCAGACAAGAGCAUCCACCUGAGCUUCCUGCGCACCGUGCCGCCCUACUCCCACCAGUCGAGCGUCUGGUUCGAGAUGAUGCGCGUCUACAGCUGGAACCACAUCAUCCUCCUGGUCAGCGACGACCACGAGGGCCGGGCGGCGCAGAAGCGCCUGGAGACACUGCUGGAGGAGCGCGAGUCCAAGGCCGAGAAGGUGCUGCAGUUCGACCCGGGGACCAAGAACGUGACGGCCCUGCUGAUGGAGGCGCGGGAGCUGGAGGCUCGGGUCAUCGUCCUCUCCGCCAGCGAGGACGACGCUGCCACCGUGUACCGCGCAGCCGCGAUGCUGAACAUGACCGGCUCGGGGUACGUGUGGCUGGUGGGGGAGCGUGAGAUCUCGGGGAACGCCCUGCGCUACGCCCCGGACGGCAUCAUCGGGCUGCAGCUCAUCAACGGCAAGAACGAGUCGGCCCACAUCAGCGACGCCGUGGGGGUGGUGGCCCAGGCCGUGCACGAGCUUCUCGAGAAGGAGAACAUCACCGAUCCGCCGCGGGGCUGCGUGGGCAACACCAACAUCUGGAAGACGGGGCCGCUCUUCAAGAGAGUGCUCAUGUCUUCCAAGUACGCAGACGGCGUGACCGGCCGCGUGGAGUUCAACGAGGACGGGGACCGGAAGUUUGCCAAUUACAGCAUCAUGAAUCUGCAGAACCGCAAGCUGGUGCAAGUGGGCGUCUACAACGGCACCCACGUUAUUCCCAACGACAGGAAAAUCAUCUGGCCAGGCGGAGAGACAGAGAAGCCCCGAGGUUACCAGAUGUCCACCAGGCUGAAGAUCGUGACGAUCCACCAGGAGCCCUUCGUGUAUGUCAAACCCACGCUGAGCGACGGCACGUGCAAGGAGGAGCCCACGGUGAACGGGGACCCCGUGAAGAAGGUGAUGUGCACCGGGCCCAACGGCACGUCGCCGGGCAGCCCACGCCACACCGUGCCUCAGUGCUGCUACGGCUUCUGCAUCGACCUACUCAUCAAACUGGCGCGGACCAUGAACUUCACUUAUGAGGUGCACCUAGUGGCGGACGGCAAGUUCGGCACGCAGGAGCGGGUGAACAACAGCAAUAAGAAGGAGUGGAACGGGAUGAUGGGCGAGCUGCUCAGCGGGCAGGCAGACAUGAUCGUGGCGCCGCUGACCAUCAACAACGAGCGCGCCCAGUACAUCGAGUUCUCCAAGCCCUUCAAGUACCAGGGCCUGACCAUCCUGGUCAAGAAGGAGAUCCCCCGGAGCACGCUGGACUCGUUCAUGCAGCCCUUCCAGAGCACGCUCUGGCUGCUGGUGGGGCUGUCAGUGCAUGUGGUGGCCGUGAUGCUGUACCUGCUGGACCGCUUCAGCCCCUUUGGCCGGUUCAAAGUGAACAGCGAGGAGGAGGAGGAGGACGCGCUGACCCUGUCCUCGGCCAUGUGGUUCUCCUGGGGCGUCCUGCUCAACUCGGGCAUCGGGGAAGGCGCCCCCAGAAGCUUCUCGGCGCGCAUCCUGGGCAUGGUGUGGGCCGGCUUCGCCAUGAUCAUCGUGGCCUCCUACACUGCCAACCUGGCGGCCUUCCUGGUGCUGGACCGGCCCGAGGAGCGCAUCACCGGCAUCAACGAUCCCCGGCUGAGGAAUCCUUCGGACAAGUUCAUCUACGCGACGGUGAAGCAGAGCUCCGUGGACAUCUACUUCCGGCGGCAGGUGGAGCUGAGCACCAUGUACCGGCACAUGGAGAAACACAACUACGAGAGCGCGGCCGAGGCCAUCCAGGCCGUGCGGGACAACAAGCUGCAUGCCUUCAUCUGGGACUCAGCCGUGCUGGAGUUCGAGGCCUCGCAGAAGUGCGACCUGGUGACCACCGGCGAGCUGUUCUUCCGCUCAGGCUUCGGCAUCGGCAUGCGCAAGGAUAGUCCUUGGAAGCAGAACGUCUCCCUGUCCAUCCUCAAGUCCCACGAGAACGGCUUCAUGGAAGACCUGGACAAGACGUGGGUGCGGUACCAGGAGUGUGAUUCGCGUAGCAACGCCCCUGCUACCCUCACGUUCGAGAACAUGGCAGGUGUCUUCAUGCUGGUGGCCGGGGGCAUCGUGGCCGGGAUCUUCCUGAUCUUCAUCGAGAUCGCCUACAAGCGGCACAAGGAUGCUCGCCGGAAGCAGAUGCAGCUGGCCUUUGCAGCAGUGAAUGUGUGGAGAAAGAACCUGCAGCAGUACCAUCCCACUGAUAUCACGGGCCCGCUCAACCUCUCAGAUCCCUCGGUCAGCACCGUGGUGUGAGGCCCCCGGAGGCGCCCACCUGCCCAGUUAGCCCUGCUGCUCGGGAAGGCCUGAGGGAAGCCCACCUGCCAGAGACUGCCCACCCUGGGCCUCCCGUCCAUCCGUCUGCCCUGCUGCCUGGCGGGCAGCCCCUGCUGGACUGAGGCUCGGGCCAGAGCUGCUGAGGACGGGUCAGAGCUGAGCUGGCUGGGCAGGGCCGCAGGGCGCUCCGGCAGAGGCAGGGCCCUGGGGUCUCUGAGCAGUGGGGAGAGGGGCUGACUUGGCCCCGGGCAGAGGGGCUUGGAGCAGAGACUGAAGCCCCAUCCUUCCCCAGCCACCACCAGAGCCACCAUGGGGGCCCUUGGCCCCGGCUGGCUGGGUCCCCCGCUCCCGCAGCGCCGGCACCUCACAGCCUUGUCCCCACCUCUCCCUUCGUGCCCACACCCCUUCUCCGCUUGACCCCAUCCUCUGAGCUGGCCCUGCCCUUCCCGGACUGCAGACCCUGACCCCCCAGCUGGCAGCCGCCUCCCAGGGGCGCGCUCGGGC